AUGAAGUCAGUAUUUGUCCUUCUGGUUUCAUGUAUCUGCAUGACAUUAGGACAGACAUGUGAAAGACUGUGUGGGGAAAAUUCUGGGUCAUGUUCAUGCCACUCGACAUGCACGUCUCUCAAGACCUGCUGCACAGACUAUAAAGAGUACUGUGUGGAAAUCUUUCCAUAUUCCGGGGUCAUUUUGGGCGGGACAGAUUUUAUUGUCCCUGAUGUGAGUUUCAGUAACAGUUCAGAGAUUGUAUGCAGGUUCAAGGACAAUAUCGAUACUGUAGGGUAUGUGGAUGAAAACAGUAGAGGCCAUUGUAUCUCCCCACUAUUGUAUGAAACAGGAUGGGUUCCCUUGCGCAUCUCCUCUGAUAAUGGCACUACAUUCAAUAGAGAUGCAACCUGGCUCUCAGUACAUACUGGCAAGUUAGAUGCCCACUUUAAGGCGACUCUGGUCAACUCGACAAAAUGGCAGUACUAUGGUACACCGGGAGUUGGAGGCACUCUUGAGAUGACAUGGAAUACCUCUUUGGUCAGAGCAGAGAGGGUCAAUAUAGAGCUCUGGGGAUACAAGGAGACAGGAAAACCCUAUACAUCCGACUGGAAGGGUGAGUGGGAGUACCUGUACUCACUUGCAAAGGAUCAGCUCAACAAUGGUUCCUUUAGCUUUUUGCCCAAACCAGCAGAGAACGGCUUUGCAAGUUGGGAGCUUGGCUCUCUACGUAUCAGCCUCAGUACCAACCCUGAUGGCAUGUGGAAUGUACAAGCCGUAUGGACUGAGGAUCACGCUCUGGCCUGGCAUCUGGAAGAGAAGUUCAGGUGGAACUCAACAGCUUGGGCCCUGGAGAAAUGUGUAGCAUGGGACCAGCUGGAAAAUCAGCUGCCCAACUUCCUCAGUGAGAUCAUAGACUGUCCCUGCACUCUGGCUCAAGCGAGAGCAGACACUGGGAGGUUUCAUACUGACUAUGGCUGUGAUAUAGAGAAGGGGAGCGUGUGCACCUACCACCCUGGGAGUGUUCACUGUGUGAGGGCUAUACAAGCUAGGUUCCACUUAAAUUUCCGUACUUUUAAUGCUGUGUAUCUUUCUUUUUGUCUUACAGGGGCCGUCAACAACGAGUCUGCCUUGUUCACAUAUGAUUCAGAAUAUCUUCUGGACGCAUAUAACUACGCUCCCAGACAUGACGUUAGUUUUAUUCCAGUGUUUUCUGUCCCUGAGAAUCCAGAUGAUCCAUUAGCCAAUCAGGCAUCUGAGUUAUGCUCUGGAGAGGGCGCUCAGUUCUGUAGGUAUGACAUCCUGGUAGGUCGUAGUCCAAGAAUGGGAAACGCUUCCAAGGAGUCUUUCCAGAGUCACGUUUCUCUUGUGGAGGAUCUAAAGCGAGUGAUAUCUUGUGGAUGGCUUUCACCUCCGGCUAAUGGAGAGAAGAAUGGGACCACAUAUUUGCAAGGAGCUAAGGUGCAGCUUUCCUGCGAUGACGGCUACACUCUCAAAGGAUCGGCAGAGCGCGUAUGCCAGGAGAACGGCCUGUGGUCUGGAGAAGACACGAGCUGCGUGGUUCCCAGUAUGAAUAAAUAAUGAAAUCAGUCCUGUC